AUGGCAAUGACAGGGACGAUCAAGUCUUUUAACCCCCACAAGGGGUGGGGUUUCAUCGAAUGUGGUGGACGAGACGUGUUCCUCUACAAGAGGGAUUUGAAGGGCGUGUGCGUGGAGCAAGGUCAGCAGGUCCAGUUCACUAUGAUCCAGAACGAGAGAGGACCGCAGGCGCAGGACGUGACCGUUCUGGUUUCGCCAGACCAAGCCAGCUACUUCGGUGAGAUCAAGUCCUUCAACCCAAACAAAGGAUACGGAUUCAUCACUAGCGAGGCAUUCCCAGGGCAAGAUAUUUUUGUCCUCAAGACAGAUCUGCCAGGCGGACAAGGUCCCGCCGGGGGUCUUUGCAAGUUCAAAGUGGUCAUGGAGGCCAAGGGGGCUGCUGCCAAGGAGGUGAUGUUACUGGGGGCUGCCAGCAAGCAGAUGGCCAUGAUGAGGAUGGGCAUGAUGGGGAACAUGGGCGCAAUGAUGAGCGCCAUGAUGGGGAUGAUGGGCGCCAAGGGCGGCAAAGGCAUGGGAAAGAGCAACAUGGUGUGGCAGCCUAUGUACAUGAAGAAGGGCAUGGGCAAAGGAAUGAUGUGA